CAUUACAAGUAGGUUUUCAUAGGAAGCAGUAAUUAUUGUUAUUCACUAUUCACAGUGAUUUUGUGGUUUUUAUGUUAAAUAUUUAAAAAGAAUUUGCCAAUUGUUUCUGUAGUACAAUCAUCGCAACCAUGACGCCUAAUCCUCCUGAAUUCAUGGAGGUGGAUCAAAAUAGUGGUUCUAGGGGAGAUGGUUUCAAAUCAUACUAUACCACUAAAAUCGAAGAACUGUUAUUGGUCGUAGCAGAAAAAAGUAUGAACCUCAGACGUUUACAGGCUCAGAGGAAUGAACUCAAUGCUAAAGUGAGGUUGUUGAGAGAAGAACUGCAAUUACUUCAAGAACAAGGUUCUUAUGUAGGCGAAGUAGUGAAGCCAAUGGACAAAAAAAAGGUUCUUGUUAAAGUACAUCCAGAAGGAAAAUUUGUUGUAGACAUUGAUAAAAACAUUGAUAUCAAUGAUGUCACACCAAAUUGUCGAGUAGCAUUGCGCAACGAAAGUUAUACAUUGCAUAAAAUUCUGCCCAAUAAGGUGGAUCCUUUGGUUUCACUUAUGAUGGUCGAAAAAGUACCAGAUUCCACUUAUGAAAUGGUUGGUGGAUUAGACACUCAAAUCAAAGAAAUUAAAGAGGUCAUCGAAUUACCCGUCAAACAUCCCGAGUUGUUUGAUGCCCUUGGUAUUGCCCAACCAAAGGGUGUACUGUUAUACGGACCUCCUGGAACUGGUAAAACUUUAUUGGCUAGAGCUGUUGCUCAUCACACAGAGUGUACAUUUAUCAGAGUAUCUGGUUCUGAACUUGUGCAAAAAUUUAUUGGUGAAGGUUCAAGAAUGGUUAGAGAACUGUUCGUUAUGGCAAGAGAACAUGCACCUAGUAUUAUUUUCAUGGAUGAAAUUGAUUCUAUCGGUUCAUCGCGUAUUGAAUCUGGUAGUGGUGGGGAUUCUGAAGUACAGAGAACUAUGUUGGAGCUGCUUAAUCAGCUCGACGGAUUUGAAGCAACUAAAAACAUUAAGGUCAUAAUGGCAACCAAUCGUAUUGAUAUUUUGGAUACGGCUCUGUUACGGCCUGGACGUAUUGAUCGUAAAAUUGAAUUCCCUCCACCAAAUGAAGAAGCUCGUUGGGAUAUUUUGCGUAUUCAUUCUAGAAAAAUGAACCUGACGAGGGGCAUUAAUCUAAAGAAAAUUGCAGAACUCAUGCCUGGAGCGUCUGGAGCUGAAGUCAAGGGUGUAUGCACAGAAGCAGGAAUGUAUGCUUUACGAGAAAGGCGUGUUCACGUAACACAAGAUGAUUUUGAGAUGGCUGUUGCUAAAGUAAUGCAAAAGGACUCUGAAAAAAAUAUGUCUAUCAAGAAGCUCUGGAAAUAA